AUGGACUUGAUUGAUCCAUCUACACCGCUACCCCUCUGGUUCACUGAGGAAGAUCUAGCAACUAUGCAGCUCUAUAUGAGAAAUCUGGUUUUCAAACACCAUUGCAGGUCUUGGUUAGAAGACUAUGGAGUAACUGAUCUUAAAGUGAGAGUUCCGGCAAUGCUGAUCAUGGGUGAAAAGGAUUACGCGUUAAAACAUGGGGGAUUAGUGGAGUACAUAAAGAGUGGUAUGGUCAAACAAUAUGUUCCUGAUUUGGAGAUAAUAUACAUGCCAGAGGGAACCCAUUUUGUCCAAGAGCAGUUGCCUGACCAGGUGAACCAGCUCCUUGUCUCCUUCCUCAAUAAGCAUAGCUUGUGGAUUGGAAGCAAGAUCCCUCAAGAUUAUUCACAAACUUACAUAAUGGGCAAUGCUUGA